AAAGUGAAAUCUUUCGGUGGCCGGUCUCCAAGCGUUGUCGCGCGGCCGCAGUUUUUUCUCCACGAAACGUUCUUCCGGAAAAUAGGACCGCUUCCGGGAUUGGCCACGGCAUCGGGUUCCUCUUCUGAUCGACCGUCGAUAUCUCCGAUGUCUUGCUUGCGAAAUGGCUCCUUCGCCAGCGAUAUCGUUCUGUUAAACUGACAAGUGAUUGGAGAGGGCCAUGAAACCGCCAUCUUGAAACUAUGGCUACGUUCGCGGCGUGCAUCAGCGGGGACGACAAAGGGCAAUUGAAGUCGGAACUGCAAAACUUGCGGCGGAAAGGGGCGAUAAAGGUCUCGACGGACUGGGACAGCACAGGGCCGGACCCGGACCGCUCGUGCGGACGAUGCAGGGUCGAACUGGGCCGCGUCAUCAACCGCGGGGCCUACUGUCGCGUCUGUAGGCUGAAGGUGUGCAAGGGCUGCAGGGAGUACAAUUUCAGGUCCACCGAUUGGGUCUGCACCGUCUGCCACAAGAGAAUGGAAAUCCAGGCCGCUUCGGGAGAGUGGAUGAACGAGUUCGUCCGACGACCCAGCCGAAGGAGAGAUACCAGGGUGUACGUACCAGCGGCCGACAUCAUCAAAAGGACGAUUAGACGCUCCUGGACCAUAUCCAAUCCAACGCCAAGAUGGUCGGCUUUGCGAGGAUCUCCCGAACUGAGACCCUAUAACAGCCUACCGAGAGGUCAGGACAUUAACAAUUAUCCCACUUUAGCUUUGCACAGGGAGAAUUUGAGAAACAAUAACCCUGUGCGAGAAACGGGACGAUCCCCGAAUAGGAGAACCCAGUCUGAGGAUGUGUACCAGGACCGAGACCUCCAAACUGUACCAGGUGAACACUUUUUGGGAGAAAACAGAUCAAUCGAUGUUCCCAACGACACCGCGCCAAACCAUGACGUUACCAGAAAAUCCGUUCGUGUAAAUCCAUUACUUCUACUGGCCGAUAAUAAAGAAAGCAGGGAAAGGAAAACAUCACCCAAAAGAAAGACGUCAGCUUUGGAAAAUGUCCAGAAAGAAUCUGAAACCAAAAUAGUAGACAAAGAUCAAAUGCCAUCGAAACGCGACGAGGACAAACUCGAAGAGCGACACGUGAGUUUCGACUGCGGCCGCACAUCUUCAGACUUUAUCGCGAGAAGCAGGUCGCUGUCUCAGGGCAAACGGACGGAUAGAACAUUAUGUCGUAGUUCGAGAUCAUUGCAGGACGAUGGCACCGGCGUAGCGACUGACUCGGAGGUCGUCAUCAACGCGUCCCACGUUAGGGAAGAGCAGGAACGCGCGCCCGUAGGAAAUCCUGCGGAGCUUCCGUGCGACAUAGAGCCCGUCAGCGGCACCGUGUUCCGGAAGAUGACGGUCAGGCAGCGCAGGCAGGAAAACAUGCGGAAGAUGCCGGCCGUAGACGCGGGUUGGCGGAGAACGCCGGAAACCGACCUGCUAGAUUUCCUGCUGCCAGACGGCGAGGACUACCGUCUGGUGUUCGUCAGCUCGGAUGGAUCCUCCAAGGAGGAAGAUGUUGACGACAAUGAUAGCUCGAGCGCUUCGAGCUUCCCAAUAGACGAAUGUUACUGGGACUACUUCGAACCUGGUGCCAACAAACCCCAAAUGUUCGGUUGGGGUUCGCCGUUUGGUUCGCCCAGGGUCUGCAGGAAGGGCUUGGUGGAAUCUCCGAUCGGUUCGCCGCUGGCGAACCGACGUCGCAAACGCACAAUUCGCGAGUCUUCAGACGAAGACACGUCGGCCCCUUCCCCUUCGGACGGACUCUUCGGAGUUCGCGAGUCGUCGGCCGAAGCACUCCAGUGCAUGCACCAGAACCAGCAGCGACACACCUCGACGACGACGGCGGCCAACCAAACCGAGUGCCAUUCUCCGUGCCGAACUUGCGGCGGCUCGUCAGCGGCACAGUUUAUUCCGAUACCGGUGCCGGUACCCAUACCGUUCCCGGUACCCUGGGGUUCCGUGUCCGGUGACUCAUCGAACCCGAUGGUACUCUACAAGCAGUUGCACCAGAAACAGAACCUUUGGCAGUAUUUCGCGCAGCACGCGUCUAACUUGGUGUAUCCGGCGGCACCCGCGCAGAACCCGAUGAUCGGCGGUGAGGACGAUGGCGGCGAUGGGAGUAAGGAGACGGGUGAGGCGGAGGCGGAGGAGGAACAGGAGGCGGAGCCGGCGGGUCAUUUGGAAUCCGAAAACAGGGCAUCUUCAGGUCCCGAUUCGACCUCCUCCGACUCCAGCGACUCGGAUCCGGAGCAUCCUCGCGUGAGUCGCGUCUACAACGUCAGCGGGUCGCCCAAUAGUCGGGAAAGCGACGACGCUUUGCCCAGCAGCAACGUAACCAGCGACUGCGACGAAGAAAACGAGCCCAGGUGCUCCGACGACGAGCACGAAGACGAAGAAACGUCAUCGGGUUCCGCGGACACCGACAGCAACGAUACCGGUACCGUGGCCGAUCAGAAACCCAAACGGUUCUCCAGGGUAUUCGUCGUCAACCAUAAGGGAUCUUCGUCGUCGAGUUCCGAAGCGGCUACGUCGUCCAACGAAGACAGCUCCGACAACGACACCGACACGGAAAUGGACUGUACUGUCGUACUGACCAAUAUAAAACCGUUGGCCGCGGAAGAAGUCAACGGGAUCGAAGAGUUGAAGUUGAUCGGUGUUAAAUAUUUCGACGAAGACGGCGAAUCGGUGGAAGCAGGCCCUUCGAGGGACAGAGAGCGCGAAACCGGUCGCAAAUUCAAACACGGGAGGAGGCACGGGCCCGCCAGAACGACCAAGAGAGAGAAAGAAGAUACCAGGACGAAUUGUGGUGACGGUGGUGUUAUCGCGCAAGUUGGUUCGUUCUUGGAACGGGAAAUCGCGAGCUGUGCACAAGUGGACGUUAAAGACUGUGAUAGCAGGAGGAGUGCGGAGGGCGAUAACAGUGAUCGUGGUGCUAGCAACGAGGUAAACGACAAGGAGGAAGACGCGCAUGAAAGCGAAGAAGAUACGAAAGCGGCGAACGACGGUGAUGGGGAAGCGGAGGACCAAGACGACGGAAGCCAGGAGUUCGAAGACUCUCUGAAUGCGAUUCCGGCGGAAAUGGAAUGGAAAUUAGCAGACGAGAAACCGUUCGAAGUUUCGCCGGGAACGGAACGAAACGAAUCGAAUUUUGGUGCCGCGACACCAAAUGCAGGCGAUCGGGCGGCCGUUGUUAAAAAUACGGGCUAUUCGUCGAGCCCCUGUUUAUCGGACGUGAGCGCGGAGUCUUUGAGCUCCAGCGACGCGGAAAAAGACACCGGGAGUCCGGGCCCGGAGCGGGGAGGACCUCGGCGAGCGUUGGUCGGCGGCGCAGGUGUGUUAGUGAGUCGAGAAGCGUCGUCGACGGCGGACCUGGUGCACCGGUCGAAAAGUAAUGCGGGCGCGCGGUACACGAGUCUAGUGAUGAUCACGGGUGACGACAAGGAUGUCAGCUAUCGGCAGCAGGUGAACGUGGUGACGUCGCACACGACUAGGGUGGUGUCGCGCGGCGGUGAUGGUGACCGGGUUGUGGUGCGGCAUACCAACAGGGACGACAACGAGGACGUGGAACGGGCGAAAGUCGAAGAUAGCCCAACGAACCACAUCCACCAACAAGGCGUAACUGUGAUAACCGGGGUGGAGACCCUCUCGGCUUUCGAGGAAGGCCUCGCCGACGACGACUCCUGGGUAGAAAACCUAAGCAAUGACGACGAGGAGGACGACGAUUUCGCUACGAAUUCCGCCAGCGAAAACUCCUCGUCGAGCGAUGAGGUGACCCUUACCUGUUCUGCGGUCGUCGACCAAGAAGACGAGCUCCGCGGCUACCACCGCACCGCCAUCGACUUCACCCUCCACACCAUCGUCGAGGAGAGCUGCGAAGAGAGCGAAGUGGAGCAGAGCGCGCCCAAGAAGAAGGAACGACCCGCCUCCGCCACCGAUUUGGAAAAAUACUUUUUCUUCGGCUUGGGCGACGGAACGAUACCGUCGAUCAAUUCGAACCGCGAAGAUGCCUUCUCUGAAACGUCGAGCAUCUACAGCGAGGGCAUGGAAUCGACGGGCGGUCCGGAGGAACCAACCACGCCCAACGAGAACUCAGCCGAAGAGUUGGCCUCCUCCAGGUUGGAAAAGUACUUCCUGAGCGGCUUCAUGGGAUUCACGGCCGGACGUAGAGACUCGGACGGAUCGGUGGGCAGCGACAGCGAAGGCAAGCCCAGCCCGGAACAGAGACGAAAGCGACUCGUGAGAGCCAGAGGCACGGGCAGGUCGCAUUCGUCCUCUCUCGACAACCUGCUGGCCAAUCCGGAUUUGGCCACCAACGAGCAACAGCCUGAGGUCCAGAAUAACUCGGAAGAUUCGUCCAGUUCCGACACCGACACGUACGAUGAGAUAAUCAGCUUCGAAAAGUCCGACGGCCAGUUCGACACGGUCAAACGGAAAAAGGGCAAGAAGCAAAAGGUGCCCGACGAGAGCAAAGAGCAAGAGAUGAACGAUAUAAGAGAGUCGGACGAGGACGAGGACGGGCACAAGACGCCACAGCCGGAGAUUCUGCCGCUGCCCACCAAUUUAACGACGAGCCGCAACCAGCAGAGUCGCGAUUCCGGCUUCGUCGGCAGCUGCGACGACCUCCUCAGGGAUCAGAAAGACGCGCAGGCGGCCGACACGGUCCCUAACUCUGACAAAAUCGCGACCGAGAAAAGGGAAGACCGGACGGCCGGUCAAUCGAUCCCGCCCAAUACUCUGCUGACGCGCCGCGACAGCUUCAACAAUUGGAGCUCCGACGAGGAGACGAACCUCAUGAUGUGCAAGAUGCGGCAGUUUUUCAAGACCAUGGUGGCGAACGGGUCGUGUUCGAAGCCCGCCACACCGAACCUAAGCAGCGGGACGUCGCCCAAGCCCCGUGCCAAAACCAGGUGCAAGCCUCCGCAGCUGGUGUACUUCGAGAACGAGCUCACCAGGUUGAUGAAAACGGUACCCGGUAUCCGGGACGAUCAGGUGCGCGAAAUUGUCGAGUACCUGAGCAGCGAGGACACGUGGAGCGACUCGUAUGACUCAUCGGACUACACCAGCAGCGACUUGGAGGGCGCGUCCACGAAAUCGGCGCUACAGCAACAAAUUUCGGACAGCUGCAAGCAGAUCAUCAACAAGUUCGACGCGGCUAACGCGGAGGACGAGGAGGGUGACGCGGGCGACGGGGGCAUCCAGGACGACUCCCACGGCCUGAACAAGGAGACGGCGUUCGUUUACCAGAAACUGGUGGCGAGUUUCGAAAAAAUGGCCGCCGGCGACAAACCGGUCAUGGCGUCCGGGCCGAAUUCACCGCCGCUUAUCGCGAAGGUGAUGCACCACAUCGGCAGCCGGCUGGUGGCGCUGAUGCACGAAGUGUCCAGCGGGGAGAGUCACGCCAGCAACAGCCCCAAGUCCAAAAACUACCACCGCCGGUUGCAGCAGAAGCUGUCCAACGCGUCUUCCACCACCACCGACGACGACAGCACGUCGGACAGCAAUCUGCCGGACACAUUCCUCGAGGAGCCGUACGGCUUGCUGCCCAGGAGUAGAUCGCACGAUCUUCUGAUGAGCGACGCGGCCAAGAACAUGCAUCAGUCGACCGGCGGCUCUUCCGAUAUCGUGGAGGAACGCGAGGCGAGCGACUGCGAGAGGUUUUCCUGGAGGGGUAGCUUCGAAUCCGCGUUACUCGCGACGGAUUCGCGGAACAAACUGUCACUGAUCGGCGGCGAAGGUUCCGCGUCCGCUUCCGCUUUGGCCAUAGCGGCCAAAAGGCGCUCGGCGGGCGAUUUACUCUUCAGCCACAAGAGUUUGAGCCGCGAGCAACUGGACAGAGUGAGGAGCUGCGGGAGUAUAGGCGGAGCCAGUAGCGAGGAUAAGCUUUGGGCCACUAGGCCGAACCGACGGAGAAGUAGCGUCCCCGAUGCCGCCUCCUGCGGAUCCGGAGGCUCCGCCGACGGAGAAGACGAGGAGGAUGAGAUGGAUAAUAGAGCGACGUUGCCGAGGAGUUUGCAGAGCGGUCCGCAGACAACGAACUCGCUACCCAGGUUACCGACGAGCGCGGUGCCGAAAGCUCAGAGUCAGUACGCGAAGAGCGCCCGGUACAGACCGCCCGGCUUCUCUAGGUUACUCGCGACGACGACGGUGCCAAAGAGGGCAGUCUCGGCGCCCGGGCUGCAACUCACACCUCACCGAAGAGGCAGACGAUCUCAACAAUCUAAUGUUCCUAGCGACGACGUCAGCUUGUUAUCGGAAGCCCAUUCGUCGCCGAUGCUGGCCACCAGAGGGAGCAAGAGCGCUACCCCCAGCCCUGUGGCUCCUAGUGCUCGUCGAAAAACCAGCUCGAUCUCUAGCCAGGAGUGGCCGACCCAUGAGGACGAUAUCGACAGGCUUGUCGCCCUGCACCACAACAGAAGCAGUUUAUCUAGUCUCGGGCUGCGAUCGGACUCGAUGGCGAGCGUGUACUCUGGAGCUGGAGAGGGCCGCUACGGUGCGGUAACCGUACGAGGUCAAGUGGAGUUUGGUCUGCAAUACAACUACAAAGCCGGAGCCCUGGAGAUACAAAUAAAGCAAUGCAAGGACCUGGCACCGGUCGACAUCAAACGAAACAGGUCCGACCCAUACGUGAAGGUGUACCUUUUGCCCGACAAAUCGAAGGGCGGCAAGAGGAAGACGAAAGUGAAAAAGCACACCCUCAACCCGGUGUUCGACGAGUGCCUCAAAUUCCACAUGUCCCUAAACGAACUGGAGAUAAGGACCCUGUGGUUGACCGUUUGGCAUUCGGACAUGUUCGGCCGUAACGAUUUUCUCGGCGAAGUCAUGAUGACUUUGGAGAACAAAGUUUUCGAUGAUCCGACGCCCAGGUGGUACAAUCUUCAAGAGAGGACGGAACCGUUCGACGACAUGCUGUCCUUCAAGGGUGACGUCAUAGUGUGUCUCAAAUUCGUACCACCGGACAUGACCGCCCCGAAGAAAGGCAAAAGGUCCAGAGGAGCGUUGCACGUGCUCGUCAAGGAAGCCAAAGGGCUGACGGCCAUUAAGGCUAACGGCACCUCAGAUCCAUUUUGUAAAAGUUACCUUUUGCCCGACAAGGGUAGGAGCUCCAAACAAAAGACGCCCGUGGCGAAAAGGACCAUCAACCCCGUAUGGAAUCACACAUUCGUCUACGACGACGUAACCCUGCAGGAAUUGGCAGAGAGGUGUCUCGAGCUGACGGUGUGGGACCACGACCGCCUGGCCAGCAACGAGUUCCUCGGCGGGGUGAGAUUUUCCCUCGGAACAGGCAAACACUACGGCAAGUCCGUGGAGUGGAUGGACGCUACCGGCAAAGAGCUGAGCCUCUGGAAGAGUAUGCUGGAAAGACCAAACUUUUGGGUGGAGGGCUGUUUAGCCCUGCGGCCGAGCCUCGACACCCGCGCGUCGUAAUACGGGUGCCACGGACAGCUCCAUUUGUGUAUCUAACCGCGGGCCUUAAGUGGCCCAAACUCGUACUCAGACUUGGGAAUCCCCUUCAGUGUGUCAAAUUUUUUAUACCGUACCGUCGCGCGCGACAAAUGCUUGUUCAAGUCGAUGUUACUGUUGAGUAUAUUAAUAUUUAAAGAAGAUGGUUUUCUAGUUUUACGAGAAUUGUUUUUAGCGCGUAAUCUGCCGUUGUAAUAAAACCGAUGCAUAUAUUUUCUUAUAAUACAAUUGUAUUAAAUGUUUUUU